CGGCGCUCGCGGGCUCGGCGGGCUGUGCGCGCCCACUCCCGCUCCAGCGGCCAGCGCGCGCCGGCCCAGGCCCGGCUCCAGCCGAGCAGCAGCGGCGGCGGCGGCGGCGGCAGUUCGCGCGAGGCCCCGCGCCCCCCGCAGCCCCUCCCCGGCGCCGUGCAUGGAGACGCAGCCAGCCGCUCGCCGCUGAGCCCCGCCGCCCGGCCGGGACCCGCCGGGGCUGGGGUGGCCUCGGGCUCCGGCCGGCCCCGCCGCCCGAGGGCUGCGCGCGGCCCGCGGGCCUCGCUGCCCGCGCGGAUCGCCGCGGCCCGGCCGUCCCGUCCCAGGAAGUGGAGGUCCCGAGCGCCAUGGCUCACUCCCCAGUGCAGUCGGGCCUGCCCGGCAUGCAGAACCUAAAGGCAGAUCCAGAAGAGCUUUUUACAAAACUAGAGAAAAUUGGGAAGGGCUCCUUUGGCGAAGUGUUCAAAGGCAUUGACAAUCGGACUCAGAAAGUGGUUGCCAUAAAAAUCAUUGAUCUGGAAGAAGCUGAAGAUGAGAUAGAGGACAUUCAACAAGAAAUCACAGUGCUGAGUCAGUGUGACAGUCCAUACGUAACCAAAUAUUAUGGAUCCUAUCUGAAGGAUACAAAACUAUGGAUAAUAAUGGAAUAUCUUGGUGGAGGCUCCGCACUAGAUCUAUUAGAACCUGGCUCGUUAGAUGAAACCCAGAUCGCUACUAUAUUAAGAGAAAUACUGAAAGGACUUGAUUAUCUCCAUUCAGAGAAGAAAAUCCAUAGAGACAUUAAAGCGGCCAACGUCCUGCUGUCUGAGCACGGUGAGGUGAAGCUGGCGGACUUUGGCGUGGCUGGCCAGCUGACCGACACCCAGAUCAAAAGGAACACCUUUGUGGGCACCCCGUUCUGGAUGGCACCCGAGGUGAUCAAGCAGUCGGCCUACGACUCCAAGGCAGACAUCUGGUCCCUGGGCAUAACAGCUAUUGAACUUGCAAGAGGGGAACCACCUCAUUCUGAGCUGCACCCCAUGAAAGUUUUAUUCCUCAUUCCAAAGAACAACCCACCAACGUUGGAAGGAAACUACAGUAAACCCCUCAAGGAGUUUGUGGAGGCCUGUUUGAAUAAAGAGCCGAGCUUUAGACCCACUGCUAGGGAGUUACUGAAGCACAAGUUUAUCCUACGCAAUGCAAAGAAAACUUCCUACUUGACCGAGCUCAUCGACAGGUACAAGAGAUGGAAGGCCGAGCAGAGCCAUGACGACUCGAGCUCUGAGGAUUCGGACGCGGAAACAGAUGGCCAAGCUGCGGGGGGCAGUGAUUCCGGGGACUGGAUCUUCACAAUCCGAGAAAAAGAUCCCAAGAAUCUCGAGAACGGAGCUCUUCAGCCGUCGGACUUAGACGGAAACAAGAAGAAAGACAUCCCAAAGAGGCCUUUCUCUCAGUGUUUAUCUACAAUUAUUUCUCCUCUGUUUGCAGAGUUGAAGGAGAAGAGCCAGGCAUGCGGAGGGAACUUGGGGUCCAUUGAAGAGCUUCGAGGGGCCAUCUACCUGGCGGAGGAGGCGUGCCCCGGCAUCUCCGACACGAUGGUGGCGCAGCUCGUGCAGCGACUCCAGAGAUAUUCUCUAAGUGGUGGAGGAACUUCAUCCCACUGAAAUUCCUUUGGCAUUUGGGAUUUUGUUUUUUUCCCUUUUUCUUCUUCAUCCUCCUUCUUUUCAAAAGUCAACGAGAGCCUUCGCUGACUCCACUGAAGAGGUGUGCCGCCAGGGGCCACCCUGAUGCCGGGCGCCCACCCAGGGACACACACAGUCCUCGCUGUGCCGCAGCCAGAUGAAGUCUCUCAGAUGGGUGGGGAGGGUCAGCUCCUUCCAGCGAUCAUUUUAUUACUUUUGUUUUUAAUUUUAACCAUAGUGCACAUAUUCAAGGGAAGCGUCUUUAAAAAUGAAAACAAACCCUGAAAUGUAUAUUUGGGAUUAUGAUAAGGCAACUAAAGACAUGAAACCUCAGGUAUUCUGCUUUACGUGGAGAACUCCCUCUGGGAGCUGGAGAAUCGCUCUGGUGGAUGGGUGUACAGAUUUGUAUAUAGUGUCAUUUUUAUGGAAACCCUUUCGGCGUGCAUAAGGAAUCACUGUGUACAAACUGGCCAAGUGCUUCUGUAGAUAAUGUCAGUGGAGUAAAUAUUCGCCAGGCCAUAACUUGAGUCGAUUGCCUUGCCUUUAUUACAUGUAAAUUUUGAAUUCUGUGACCAGUGAUUUGGGUUUUAUUUUGUAUUUGCAGGGUUUGUCGUUAAUAAUCAUUAAGGCCCCUCUCUUACAGAACACUCCUGUUUGUACCUCAGCAAAUGCAAAUUUUCCUCGUUUGCCCUGCACCUCUUUCGGUACACGUAAAGGUUGAUUUCCUUUUUCAUUGACGGUACUAUUUCUUAGUGUUUUAAAUUGGAACAUAUCUUGCCUCAUGAAGCUUUAAAUUAUUAUUUUCAGCUUCUCCCCAUGAAGCGCUCUCGUCUGACAUUUGUUUGGAAUUGUGCCACUGCUGGUCUGCACCAGAUGGACCAUCCUAUCUAAUACGAUUUUUUGUUGCACCUUGUAGUGGAUUCUGCAUAUCAUCUUUCCCACUUAAAAAUGUCUGAAUGCUUACACGAAUAAAUUUUAUAACAUGCUUA